GGGAACAGUGGAGAACUUUACACGGACUUCUCAUUAUUCUCAAUCAGACUGUGUGUACAGUAGAGGAUUAUGGAGAUCUGUCUCACACUCACUUUACUGUCCUCUGUAGUAAUGACCAUCACUGCUGAUGUGAAUGUGAGGUUGGUGAAUGGUGGCAGUCCUUGUGCUGGUCGAGUGGAGGUUCUUCAUGAUGGUCAGUGGGGAACAGUGUGCGGUGAUGUUGGUUGGGAUCUGACAGAUGCUGCAGUGGUGUGUAGAGAGCUGGGCUGUGGAGAUUCUGUUGGUGUUGCUUACUUUGGACCAGGAUCAGGACAGAUCUGGAUGGAUGAUAUUGACUGUAUCGGAUCAGAGUCUACACUAAAGAACUGUAGUACAAAAGGAUGGGGUGUUAAUGCCUGUGGUCAUAUGUAUGAUGCUGGAGUCAUCUGUUCAGGUCACAAAGUUCCUAGACUUGUUAAUGGAUCUCAUUUGUGCUCUGGGAGAGUAGAGAUGUAUUUUGGAGGAAGAUGGGGUACAGUGUGUGAUGCUGCGUUUGAUGAUCAGGAUGCAGAGGUUGUGUGUAGAGAGCUGAACUGUGGGGUUCCUGUACAGCGGCUGGGAGCAGAUGCUUUUGGUGAAGGAGAGGGACCCGUGUGGACACAAGACAUUCAGUGUAGAGGAAAUGAAUCACACACUUCAUUCUGUUUAAUAUCACCUUCACACAAACACAACUGCUCCAGUGAUGAUACAGUAGGAUUAAUAUGUUCUGGUUACACUGACCUCAGACUGGUGAACGGCUCUGAUUUCUGUUCUGGUCGAGUUGAGCGUCAGUAUUUCACCGAGUGGGGCACAGUGUGUGAUGGGUGCAUGAAUAUGAGAGCUGCCAGUGUUGUCUGCAGACAGAUGAAUUGUGGGAUUGCUGUGUCUGUUGUGGGAGUGGACUGGUUUGGAGAGGGAUCUGGUGAAAUCUGGGCUGAUGUGUUUGAUUGUCAGGGGAAUGAAACACAACUCUCACAAUGUUCAAUCUCUUCAUGGAGUCGAGCUGAAUACUCUCAUGAACAAGAUGUUGGAGUCAUUUGUUCUAAUUCCUCUCUGGCUCUUCAUGAUGGUGGUGUGAGGUUGUCUGGAGAGAGAGACUGUGAGGGGGAGCUGGAAGUUUACAUUGAUCAGGUCUGGAGGAGAGUUCUGCUGGACUCAUGGAGUGUCACUGAAUCCUCUGUGGUCUGCAGACAGCUGGGCUGUGGCUCUGUGCUGAACUUCUCUGGCUCCUCUUCAUCCAGCGCUGAACACAGUCAUGAGUGUGUGAUGGGCUUCAAGUGCUCUGGGACUGAACAUCAUCUGAGGAACUGCAGCAGCUCUCCACAAACUCUCAACUGCAGCUCCACACAACACCUGUCAAUCACCUGCCUUGGUGAGAGGUGGAUCAGGUUGGUGGGUUCUGGUGGAGAUUGUGUAGGGAGGCUGGAGGUUUUUCACAAAGGCUCAUGGGGGACAGUGUGUGAUGACUCCUGGGAUAUUAAAGAUGCUCAUGUGGUGUGCAGACAGCUGCAGUGUGGAGUGGCUCUCAGUGGUCAGCCAGUACCAGCCUGGUUUGGUCCUGGUUCUGGACCCAUAUGGCUGGAUGAUGUGAACUGUGAGGGGAAUGAGACGUCUCUGUGGAACUGCUCUUCACGGGUCUGGGGAGAUCAUGACUGUAAGCACAAGGAGGAUGUAGGAGUCGUGUGCUCAGCGUUUAAAGAGAUCAGGUUAAGUGAAGGCUGUGAAGGGAAUGUGGAGGUUUUCUACAAUGGAUCCUGGGGUAAUGUUUGCUGGAAUCAGAUGAACAGAGACACAGCGAGUCUGAUCUGUCAAGAGCUGAACUGUGGAAGAUCUGCCAGUGAACCCAGUUCUUCAGAUGGACUGAGGUCUUGGAAUUGGUUGGAUGAACUUAAAUGUCGAUCACAUGACGCCACUGUAUGGCAGUGUCCAUCUUCAUCCUGGGCACCGAACGACUGUAGUGAAGGUGAAGCGGCUAAAAUUAACUGCUCUGGGAAGGUGAUUCAUGAAGAUCCUCGGAGUCGUCUGACAUGUUUUACCUCACCAUCACCUCACCACAGACGAUGUUCAAGUCAUGUUCCUCUCAGACUGCGUGGAGGUAAAGGCAGGUGUUCUGGGAGGCUGGAGGUGUAUCAUAACUCUGAGUGGGGUUCAGUCUGUGAUGAUCUGUGGGACAUCAGAGAUGCUCAGGUGGUCUGCAGGCAGCUGGGUUGUGGAGCAGCAUUGAGUGCUGAUGGGAAUGAAGCGUUUGGUGCUGGUGAAGGUGUUGUGUGGCUGAACAGAGUCGAGUGCAGAGGGACUGAGAUUCACCUGUGGGACUGUCCUCACGUCCUGAAUAAACACACUGACUGCUCACACAAAGAACAUGUUGAACUCAUCUGUGCAGAUUUGUCUGUGUCCACCACUGCUACAACAACAACAACAACUCAAUCUCAGACUAACAAGAGCCCAGUGACUUCUCAAACUCCUCCAGCAGCGUCUCUCUUCAUUCCUCCAGUGGUUGUGAUUGUUCUGGGAGUUUUGCUCUUACUGCUCUUAGUGCCGCUGCUGAUACUGAUUCAACACAACAGAGUGAUGAGGAGAGCUCUCUCUAAGAGGAGACACUGGACUCAGACUGAAGCAGUUUAUGAAGAGAUUGAGCACAGACACAAACACAAACACUUUAGUCAGAGAGGGAGUCUCAUUUCCGAAGAUCUGCAUUCUGGGUGUGAAGAUGCUGAUGACUCUCUCUCAGCAAAAGAGCACAACACUGAAUAUUAUGAUGGUGUUACCAAUGACAGUGACCUAAAUGAGAAUUAUGAUGAUGUCAUCAUUUUUGGAAAAAAUAACUCAAGCUUUAAUGGAGAAGGCUCAUGAAGAGUAUGAUGAUGUGGAACAUAUCAGUGCAUAUAGUGGAGGAGCCAACCAAAUGAGGGGCAAGGGAGGGGGUUUGUGACCCAAUAAGCAGAACCAAUGCCUCUGUUCAUUAAAUAAUAAUAAAGUUACUGGAGGUCAGAGGAGUUUGAGUUUUCGUAUAUUGCUUCAGUACUUGGAAAUGCAUUUAUUGUGUUUUUGUGAUAUUUUUAAAUCUUUCUUCGGUGGCAGAUUUUUUGUAUUCAUUGUUAGCCUAUUUUUAAAGCAAUAAUAAUGCUCUUUUGUGAAACUAUUAAAUAAUCAUAUAUUUCACUGGUUUUGUAAUUUGGAGUUGGAGAGAGAUCGGAGUAAAAAUAAUCUUAAUUUGUGUUGUAUUAUCUAAAGGCUGGAACACUACACAAUUUUUAAAAAUCUGAACAGAUUUAAAAAAAACUAGACAUCACUUGCAGACUUGCAGAGAAAAACUGGGCUUCUCAAUACGUGAUAAAAUCUGCAGACCAUGGCGCCGACUUUCUGCAACAACACCAGACUGAAAAUCUGGGCAAAAAUCUGAGCAAAAGUCUUGUAGUGUAUUCAGCCUUUAAUCUCAUUUUAUACUGAUUUCAAAGUUUGUAAUAAAAUACUGAUAAAUAAUGUAAUUUAGAAUUAACCUUAUUAAUGGUCAACGAAAAAGGCAGCGGCAGUGUGUGCCUGUGUCUUUAGGAUAUUGCAACAUCUAGAAAUUCUUCUCAAAAUUAUCAAAAUGCUGUCGCUUGGAUAUAUACAAUUUUGUUUCUUACUAUUUUGUUUGUUAUAAUAAUGAUACAAUACAAAUGCCAAUAGAAAGACAUUUAUUUGUUCUCUUGUAUAACUU